UUUGUUGGCUAGAUUUGCAUCAAGGAAACUCAAUGAAAAUAUGAUGUCCAUAUUCAUGGGGUGCACACAAAUCAAGUGAAAUUGACCGUCAACUUUUAUUUAAAAAAUAGACACAAUAUUUUAAACUAAUUAUAUCGCAUAAACUUUUUUUAUACCUUUGUUUAAAAAGAAUGGAUAAAAACAAAUUAUUCGAGGUCUUUGUGAUCAAAACUAGUAUUAAGUGAAGUCCGCUCUGGACGUAAACAGAAAGUCGGAUGAAUGUUCCAUUUAGAAAUCCGGAGAAAUCAUAUAGCAUCCACAAAUACAUACUUUUGGAAGCUGAGAAAAGCAUUCCAAUACUUCAUAGGAAGGGGUAGGGGCUUGAGAUGUAAACAAACUAGCAUUCUAGGUGACAUGACAGGAAACAUAUGCCAUGGCCGAAAAUCCUCAGCGCCGCAGCAUGCGAAAAAUAAUGAACCAAUCCAGAGCUUCAAGCGUGGAAGAAAACACGAGUGGAAAGGUUGCCGAUGAUAAAAACAACGUAGAUGAGGAAUCCUUAGUUUCUACUAAAAAUACUGGUAACAAGGGCAGCCGAUCUUCAACUAGAAGGCGCUCACUUGAAGGAAACCAAAUCUGCCCAGUGUGUGGAAUCACAGUAAGACCUUCAGAAGUAGAGCAGCAUUUCCGCUACGAAGUGGAGCAGAUAGACCACAUUGUCAGGCGUGGAAGAGUCUUGAGGGAUGCACAAUCUGCUUACAUUUCAUCCAAAGUGCAAGAGAGGGACGAUAGAAAUGGGAAGAAAGCGAUGAAGAAACGCAAGCGUAAGAGAACAAGAGAUGAUAGCGACAGCGAAGAGUCGUCUUCAAGCAGUAGUGACAGUGAGAGUAGCGUGGGGAUUGAUAACAACCUAGUAUUGCUUGAAGUAAGAGCUAACAGGCAUGCAAGGGAGAGGAAGAAACAACUGCUUGAAAAUCCAGAGUGCAAUCCAGAUACCAUGCUAUGCCCAGUAUGCUUUAUUCCUCUCAUUGGGUCGGAAGUGGACAGAAAUCGCCAUGUGGAGAACUGCCUGACGGGAUGCCCUUCAGGAGCCCCUGCCACCAACUCAGCGGGAGACGAUGCCCUGGAUGUAGAUGGAGAGGGUCUAGGAGAGGAUGCAGGAGGAGGUGGUAGUGGAUUAGAAGAGGAGGAAGAGACUGCUGGAGACGAUCCUUAUGAAGUCUAUGAAUGGAUGGGAGAGACGAGGCUUAGAACUGUCAGUCUUGUACCAGGGGGAUAUCAAGGUCUAGGAUAUCAAAUCAACUCAUCACGGAAGUCCCAAGCUGCGAAUGAUGAAGACGACAUUGAUCUCGAUGUUGAUGGUGAUGAAACGGAGCAGUUUGGUCCACAGCAAUACACAGAAGAUGAUGUCAUCGCACGGUGUCCGUCCCGAUCAUCUCAAGACACUGGCGAUGUCGGCUAUGAGGAUCAUGUCAGUGACAAUCUCCUUAUUGAAGCAUGCUUAGGUGCGGAGUGCAACGGUGACACUGGGAAAGAAUCAGAGACUAAACACACUGUGACCAAACAUGUUGGUCUUCCUUCCAAAGGCAUCCAGGUGGUGGUGGAGAGUCUGAAGGCUCGCGUGAAGGAGUUGGAAGAGGAGAGCAGCGAUGGCAGAGGAAGGUUAAAAUGUCAGAUCUGUAUGGGGACAUACAAUACACCAUUGGUAUCAAUCCAGUGUUGGCAUGUUCAUUGUGAAGACUGCUGGCUGAAGACCUUGGCUUCCAAGAAACUUUGCCCUCAGUGUCAGAUGAUCACAGCGCCCUCACAGCUCCGCAAAGUGUUCUUAUGAUCGUAUUCCAGUGAGAAAAGAAAAAGACCCACCUCAAGUUUAUUUUAAUUGCUUAGUUCCUCACUUUACCCGACUCCAAGAGGAUCAAUAGUUUGGAUCCUCAAAGGGACUGAUGUUAUGUUGCAUAAAAGGUAUUGACUAUAACUUCACCAUCCAACAGUAACGGUUAACUGCCAAUUCUUCCACUUAUGACAAUAGACUAAUACCAUUCCGUCCAUCAACAUUUUGUCUAACAACCAUUUGGUCCAGAAAUUACUUUGGUUAAUCACCAGUUUGCCUAUUACCAUUUCGUCUCACAAUCACAGUCUAAUACUCAUUUUCUUUUCAUUCAUUUCGCCCAACACUUGGUCCAAUUGGACCGAAUGGUAAAUGGACUAAAUGGCUAUUGGACCAAAUGGUUAUUAGACCAAAUGGUUAUUAGACGAAAUAGUGAGUGGACGAAAUGG